AUGAUGUGCGGCAAUACUUCCCUUCUCUUAUCUAAAGGCUCUAGACCCUCUGAUCCUUACUCUAAUCGAUUGCAUACAUCCCUUUGGGGUACACAUACAAUCAAAGACUUAUCAAGUGCUUGUUCUUUAUCUAUUGAAAAAGCCAUUCAAGUCUAUGGCUCACAACCAGAGCUCCUUAGUCUAAUCUUGUCUAGCAAAGUAGAAGAAGACCGUCGAAAGGCGGAGGAAGCUAAACUACGUCAAAAGGAGAUUGAUUAUAUGCUUCAUCAACAACAAAAAAAGAAAGAUAAACCCACCAAGCCCUUGCCCAUUCUGCCCCAUAUCCCACAGAAAAGGGGAGAUUCAAUUCAGCCUUUGAAAGCCUCGACGCAUUCCACGGAUUCGACAUUACCACCGUUACACAUCAAGUCUUCCUACUCAUCUCCGUGGAAUCAUCGUACCAAUGAAACGACAAGAAAGACAAGCAUUGAUAUGCUUCUCAUAUCCGAGCACGAUCCAGAUCUCAAAUUGCCUGAGCUUUCAAUUCCUUCUUCUCGUUCUUCUACCAACACAGCCACCUCCACAGAAGACAGUAGCCAAUUAGAAUAUAAGCGUCCUCGUUCGUAUUCGGAAGGUUACGAUCCUGCUGCCGGUUCAGCUUCUUCAAACGAGACGAAUACAAAAAGACGCAAACGUGAAAUUCAAGCCAUCACAACCAUCAUCGAGACCAAAGAGUUUCCUUACAGCGAUGAUUACUUGUGGAAGAAUAAUGGCAAUACAGUUCAUAAAAAGACCGGAUUCAAAAGCAUUUAUUACAAGUGCUCCAAUGGUGCAAAGGGAUGUCCUGUAAACAAAACUGUCACUUUUAAAGAUAAUGGAGAAUACUUGAUUAAAUAUAGAGGAGAGCAUUUGGCAGAGUGCCAUAGAAUUAAGCGCAUUACAGACCUUUAGAUUCCCUCCUCAUGUAUAUAUAUAUAUAUAUAUUUAUGUAUUAUACCCUUUUCUCCUUUAUAUAUUUCCUAGUUACCUUAACAGGUAGUCAUCACCACUUUUUUUUAAAAUGUAAAUAAAUAUUGUAACA